AUGUCUUACUCAAUAAUUUCAUAUAUUUUUAAUAGAAUUUUUAAUUUCUAAAGUGGAGAUUUUGUUAUUUAAGUCUUUUUUAUGUGUUCAAUUGCUUUAAAAAAUGGUUAAUCUAUAUACUUAUUGCUAUUAUUAAUAAUGUUGCCUUCUCUUGAUUUUUAAAACUAAGCUAGAGUCAAUUCACUGAGUUAAAAUUCCUUUUUUAUUCCUAGUUCUUAUAAUGAAAUACCUUACUUCUUAUCAAUUUGUUCUUUGAGCUUUUGCUAAAAUUCAUCAUCAACUUCUGAAAAGAGUUUGUUCAUUUUUCUGUAAAAAUUGUCAAAUGAAAAUAAAAUACUGCAAAUGAAAUUUUAAAGGUUGUCUAUGCUAAAAAACAUAUAUGUAUUUUCAUCAUAGUGUGAUCCUUUAUUUUGUUUGUUAAGAUUAUUAUUUGUUGCUGAUAAAGAUUAGCUCAUUAACAGAUAAUCUAGUCUAUAAUAUACCCUUAAUAGAUCUACUAUGAAUGAAAUGAAAUCACCAACUUCUUCAGUAAUUAUUUUUAAGUACAUUGAUGGCUAGCUAAGCUUUAAAGAAUCAUAGGUAAACCCAAAAAGUUCUACGUACUUAGAAAGCAAAUAUGCGAUAGGGUUUUUUUACGUAUUUUACAUAUGA